UAUAGAGGAGGCGCUGCUGGAGCAGUCGCAUAACCAUGGGACAUCAGCUAAGCUAGUCAAGCCGAGACAAGUCAAUUUAUUUUUAUUUUUGUUUGUGUACUCUGUGUGCGCGUGUUUCGAUUGUGAUAAAUGCUUAGACGGCAAAAAACAUAGAAAUUUGAGUUUUCAGUUAUUAACAGGACCGUCGGGUUGAGGGAGCAUGGGCAAGUUUUUCUAUGCCGUGCGCAGAGGGCGGAACACUGGAGUGUAUGACACUUGGGCAGAGUGUGAGGCGCAAGUCAAGGGAUUCCCAUUUGCAAGGUACAAGAAAUUUGAAACACAAGAGGAAGCGCUCGCAUUUGUGACAGAUAACGAGCCUAUUACCUUACAAAAUGAUCAUGGUGGUACCAGUACCCACGUUGUAGCAAAGGCCCCAUUCCUUCAGCAAAAACGUAGGCGGAAUAAAAGGAAGCAUGGAUUUGAGAGCUCCAAUGCUCAAGCUGCUCAAAACCAUGGUGUUCCAGGUGAAGGCCACCAGCAAGGUGCAGGAAUAAACCAGAGACAAAGCGUUACUCUCCAAGCUGGACGCAAGAGGCAACAAGAAGGUGAGAGCGUAACCUGUCAAGUGCCAAGUAAAAGGGUGUGCAUUGACCUGACAUCUGAUGAUGACAUGCUGCAUGUUUACACUGAUGGUGCGUGUACAGCCAAUGGGAAGAAGGGUGCAAAGGCAGGGAUUGGUGUGUACUGGGGACACAAUCACCCUAUGAAUGUCAGUGAACGUAUAUCUGGCCGUCAGACGAACAACAGAGCAGAGAUACAGGCAGCUGUGAAAGCCAUGCAACAGGCCAAGUCCAUGGGUGGAUGCAACCUCACAAUCUACACAGACAGCCAAUUUAUGAUCCAGAGUGUGACAAGCUGGAUGCCUGCAUGGGUAAAAAACAACUGGCAGCUUUCUAAUGGGGGUCCAGUGAAGAACAAAGAGGACUUUCAGGAUUUGCUUCGAGCUGCUGAAGGCCUUAAUGUAAAAUGGGUUCAUGUGAGGGGUCACCGUGGGAUCGAAGGAAAUGAAAGGGCUGAUCAGCUUGCGACUUCAUCUCUGAAGCUUCCACUUCCUCAAGCCUCAAAGGCAAAGAGCUUUCAUUUUCAAACUUCAUCUCUCAAGCAUCCGUUUCCUCAAGCUCCGAAGGCAACUGUAUGGGAAUGUGGCUUUGAAGCUGCCCCUCCCCAUGCACCAGGGUUACAAUUGUUGUCCAGCCCGUACCAUCGCCGUUGUCACAGCUACUCGGGAAAGAACAGAACCGAGGGCACGAAGGUGCCAAUUCCCUUGCAGGCCGUAUCCAUCUGGCAUUCGUUAUCACUCCUGUUCAAAAUAAAUUCUGAGCUUUGGCAGUCCAGAUUCACAUGGUCUAUCACUGUGGAUAGAAUCACAGCACCUGUCCUUGCCCCUAGCAACUUGCUUGUUCGUUUGAGGACAACAACAACAACAACUUUAUUUGAAUGGUGAUAAGUGGGGAGUUUC